UCUGAUGGUGUAAACUGCAAUCCACAAACACAAACUCCCUUAGGCAACACUGUUCUUCUCAAACUUAUAUUGGUAAUUAUCAUGUGCUAAAAUAGAAUUACUCUUCCCGCUGAAAGCACCAUCCACUCUUCUCUCGAUUAUAACUCUUCUGUCUCCUGACACGCUCAAACUCAACAUAAAUAUUGUGUUCCUGUGAUCGGCUUCAACUCUCUUUAAAAUGUCCGAAACACCUGCUACACAACAUGUCAAAACUCGCAUUCUCAUCAUAUCCGACACGCAUGGGUCGAAACCAAAGCCCAAAAACAAAGGUGGACCCAGCACUGAUGAUGAGCUCAACGAAAAGGAUGUCACGCGUGUGACGACAGGUUGGAGAGAGCCUCUACCAGAGGCGGAUGUUGCUAUUCAUUGCGGAGACCUCACGAAGCGAACUACAAUUCCUGAAUUUGAAAAUACCUUCUCUGUGUUACGGUCUAUCAAUGCCCCUCUCAAGCUGGUCAUUGCAGGCAACCAUGACAUGGCGCUUCAUGAUGAUUAUUGGCUCAAUGAGUUUGGUGGUCCAGCGGACACGCUCGAUGAGGUCAAGACCAUUCUUCAGAAGGCUGAGAAAGAUGGUGUUCGGUACCUGAAUGAGGGCGUUCAUGUGUUCACCUUGCAAAAUGGCGCUCUGUUGAAAGUAUAUGCGAGUCCGUGGACCCCUUCCUAUGGUGGCUGGGCAUUUCAAUAUGACAAUGGGCACGACUUCAACAUUCCCAAGGAAACCGAUGUGGCCAUUACUCACGGUCCUCCGCAAGGUAUCUGCGACUUUGCAGGCAUGACUGGGUCCCACGCUGGCUGUCCCGACCUCCGUGCCGCCGUCGCCCGUGCCAAACCCAAGAUCCAUUGCUUCGGCCAUAUCCAUGAAGCUUGGGGGACGCAUUAUGUGACAUGGAAAGGCAAUGGCAUUGAUGAGGAACUUUCAAGAAAAGUCGGGCUCAAGGGGCUACGGCCGAAUCGCGUGACGCAGAACGAGGAAGAGGCCAAUGCAACGAGGGUGAAGCUCAUUGAGAUGAGCAAGCAAAGAGCUGCACAUCUGGACCUCACUCACGGUGACAGUCGCGUGGUUCAAGGGAAACAAACCUCGUUUGUCAACGCAGCGAUUAUGGAUAUCAGAUACAGACCUAUAAGUCACGAGACCGGGAACCGGCCACCCCGGGAACCGGCCACCCCGCUUUUGGCCUCAACAACAUAA